AUGGUAUGUGCUAAACAAUUCCUCAGCGAUAUUCAAGACUUAGAUCAACAGUUUCAAAGCAUACACGAACAGGCUAGUGAACUUGCCCUUAAUCUUGAAGAUUCUGAUUUAGUUGAUAAGGAUAAUGAAGAAUUAGAAAUGCAUGAUGAUCGAGUAAGAGAAAAUAGCAGUAAGCUUAUGUAUUUUACUAUGAGAUCCAAACCAGAUCCAAAAACAAGUAAUACCAGUCUCAAUGCAAAUAAAGAUAGUGAUGACAAGAAAAGGAAAUUUAUAGAGCGAAAGCGGAAGCGAUUAAACCAAGAUAUGAAAAGUGCAAUCAUUAAAGUGGAAACAGCCAAACAAAAUACAGAAAAGCUAGAUAAGGACGAACUAAAUGAACAUAAAGCUGAAUUUUCAGAACUUAUUAAAUCGUUAGAUCAAUUGAUAAGUGAGAUUGAACAGUCAAUCAGUGAACCUGACAAUUUUCAAAUCGAUGACAGUGGCAAAAACUGGACUGAGACCUGUGCCGAGAU